AUGCUCCCGCUGCCAGCCUUACACUUGGUCGACUGGCUGUGGUGCCGACUGCCCGUGUCUCUGGAACAGAUGCCGCUCGACCACCUCGCAAUGGCCGUGCCCCCAACAUCAGACCUCCCGCAUGUGUGCUUUGCGGCACGCGUUGUGCAAAGCGCAGAUCCAUGGUUCGACUGUCAAGCUGCCAAAUUUGGCACCAAAGUAUGCUAUCAUGGCAGUCGAAUGGCAUCCUUUCACUCGAUUCUUCAAAACGGACUCCACGUCAUGAGCGGCACGCGGCACAUGAGCUCGGGCAACCUAUUUGGCGAUGGCAUCUACUUUGCAGAAAGCAUCCAUGUGGCAGCGAAUUUCGCGUCGCCGGCGGCUUCGGCGUGGGCCAAAAGUGCAAUCUUAACAAAGGCAGCCACGUGCUUGGUCGUGUGCGAAGUCAUUUGCGAUCCAUCCAGAAUGAAGCUGCUUCCAUCUGCAAAAGAGGACGGCGCUUACUACGUCGUCCAAGACGAGCGCUGCGUGCGGAUCACAAAGGAAACGCUUGCCCUCGGCAAAACUGCCAUUCCGUCGGGUAUGAACAACGCGCUGCUUGUGUACAAACCACGGAAGCGUUUACGCAAGAAACCCAACACCGAGAAACUCGAGCCACUCGUGGCAAAGCAAUUGGUCCAGAAGUGGCAGAACGAUGCCGCCAAGUGCUUCGUCGAGGCGGAUUUGUUCCUGCGAUGGCGCAACUCAACCCACGACGACCGCCAAGCAGCUCUCCAGGCGACGUGGGCGGUGGUGUUUAGCCACACGAGCGAAAAGUACCAUGUUCAGCAACCACCCGAGCACUACUCGUCCACGGAGCCGCUGCCCUCUUGCAGCAUUUCCAGUCUUUCUAGUCCCUGCUGUGAUGUCACCAAGAGCAAGAACUGGUGCGACCAAGGUGCUCACGAGCUAGCGCAGGACUGCACAGGCCCUCCCCGUGCGUCAGUCAACCGAAAGGUCACUUGGGUGCUACGAUUGAGGAAAGCGCCACCGGCAGAAGUCAUGCCCCAAAUGACCGUGAGCAAGCCUUUGGUCGCAAUUCCCCCAUUGACGUCAUCGCUUGAAUCUGAUGCGGUCGAGCCGGCGAUGGGAUGGAAACAGCGCAGUAGGUUCUCGAUCGAGAUGCGCCGCAAACUCGAAGCGCAUUUGAUGCAAAAGAUGGCGGGCAAUCUGUGGCACGACGAAGUGCGAUCGAUCUUGGCGCGACCUUUAGAUGCGACUGUGUUUGUAAAUCGAGUCGAGCAGCUCGACCAUGGCAAUACUUCGCAACGCUUCGUUGGGUUGGAGUGCCGCGGCCCGCGACUUGAAGGGCUCUAUCCCUAUUCAAACCACGCGCAUGGCUGUGCACGCAUGAUCUAUCGAUGCUACAAAAAGUCGUGCGACCGCCAGCGUAUGCAGAGUCAUCUGCGGCAACUCGUGGUGGCGACGCGGUUGCUACAAGACUUCUUCAGGUUCCGCGUGCACUGCCUGGUCAAGCGCCGACGAGUGCGUGCGGUACAAAGCAUUGUGGCGAGGAGGCUGCAAAGCCAGAUGCGGUCGUACUUGAAAGUGAAGCAAUCGUCGGCGCGGCAGAUUCAGUGCCGAUGGCGCCAAGCCCAGGCGAACAAGGUUCUCAUGCACAGACGUCGAGUACACCGAGCCGCCACCACCAUCCAUCGUGUUGGCAAACAGUUCGUGUGGAAUCAAAGACGGCGCAAUGUCCUGGCCGUGCGCAUACAAAGGUUUGGACGAGCUUGGCUGUGGCGACGUUGGCGUCGGCGAGCCGAAGCGUCUCGGAGGGAGGCCGAGAUGGAUCGGAUCAAGGCAUCAUCGAAAGCCGCCACGGCCGAAUGCAUGGCGUUCUUGAUGACGGCACAAGGGAAGGUGGACCUCAAGCGUGAACUAAGGCGCAUGAAGGAGAACGAGAAACUUGCCAAGAAACAGAUGCAUGUUGCAGCGCGCUCUGUCGUGAAGAAGGACGACCUGGAAACGAUGGCGAUUCGCCACAGCUUUGAAGCGUUCGACACGGAUGGUUCUGGAAGCAUCGAGUUGGACGAACUCCGUCUGCUGCUCUCUGAGCUGGGGAUUCCGAUAUCGGAACGAGAGCUCAUCGCGGGAUUUCAAGAAAUGGACACAGACGGAAGUGGUGCCAUCGACUUUGACGAGUUUGCAGCAUGGUGGAAGACUGGUCUCACGGCUGGGAAAGCCAAGACCCAAAUGAUCCUCCUGCGACUCAAAUUACGCGGCCAGAGCAUGGUCAAGCGCAUCACUGGAGCUGAAGCGCGAGCUCAAGCAGCCAAGCACAUUGUCAACCGCCGACGUUUCGAAGCCAUGAUGGCAGCGCGGGACGCAUUUCGCAAAGCGUACCCUCCCGUGAUCCAUUGUCACAUGUGUCAAGCUCCAUUUGGCCUCGAACGCGACUGGUUUCUCCACACUCGGCAUCAUUGCAAUGGCCGCGACGAGCUGCAGCAGUCGUCAACGCAUUAAGAAAGUUCCACACUCUCCACCAACGAUGCGUAGUUGGUAUCGGGUGAAUCGUCACAAGGGCAAGACGGGAGCUUGUAUGUGGACUUGCCACACCUUUCCG